AUGAUUCUUUUAAACUUGUCGAAGGUUUACUUGUUCAAUAGAGCAAAUAUCCUUCCUGGAUAUCGACCUGAUGAUUUUUCGACCUUCGACUGGACUGAGUGGAAAUUUUGGGAGGAGCUGGACAAGCUGAAUAUUUACGGAGUGGGGCCAGAUAAAACUAUGAUUGUUGGAAAAUCAGCGGACAAUCAUAUUUCUUACGUUUCAAAUCUCAUUCAAGCGGCGCACGAUCAUAAUAUCGGGGUGCACCCGUACACUUUCAAAAAUGACAAUCUACUGUUCGACUACAAGUUCUCCGCGGAAAACGAGUACGAGCAGCUUAUAAAUCUCGAUGUGGAUGAAUUCUUUAGUGAUUUUCCUGAGACUCUUGUCCGAUAUCUCGAGAACAAAAAAUGCAAAGAGCAUCAAUCUGAAGAUGACAACAGCGAAGACUCAGCUAGAACUUUGAGCCUGACAUUAUCCCUGCUUUCAGUGAUUCUUUUUUAUGUCCAAUAA